AUGGCAGGAGUUUCUUUUUUUCUUUAAUAAUGUCCAUAAUAAUCCUCAAACUUUCUACAUUUUGCUCUUUUAAGAUUAAAGUGCCGACCACCCGUAAUUUACCUCUCCUUUACGAAUUCUUUUUCCGGUGACCAAGUUUGCCCCUCAGCGGAAAGCAUUGUGGGUAAGUCAAAGAGUGCCACUCACAAAGAUGGCGUCCUGCAGGCUGUUUACGCGUCUUGCAAAAUUGGCAUCUACUGCCGUCAAACCAACGCAAUCCUCCCCCGUGUCACUGAUUGGGCGCCGGUGUUACUCUGGAAUUUCCUUGAAUUCACAGCAUGCAAAACCCAGGAGACUGCAGCCCCUGCAGCCAGCUUCACUUAUUCCAGCGAGAUGGAUGUUUAUCCAGACCCAGGACACUCCGAACCCAAACAGUCUCAAGUUCCUUCCCGGACGGGUGGUUCUGGAAUCGGGGACCAUGGACUUCUCUCUCCCCAGCGCGGCUUUCUGCUCUCCGCUCGCCAGGCAAUUGUUCAGAAUCGAGGGAGUAAAGGGUGUCUUUCUGGGACCUGACUUCAUCACCAUCACAAAGGGUGACCCCGUGCUGGAGUGGAAGCUGAUCAAGCCUGAGGUGUACGCUACCAUCAUGGACUUCUUCAGCUCCGGAUUGCCAGUGCUGACAGAGGGGACCCCCCAGACAGACACGGCCCCCUCCGAUGAAGAUGACGAGGUCGUCUCCAUGAUAAAGGAGCUUUUAGACACCCGGAUCAGGCCCACGGUUCAGGAGGACGGAGGGGAUGUCCUGUAUCGAGGGUUUGAGGACGGGAUUGUGAAGCUCAAGCUCCAGGGCUCCUGCACCAGCUGCCCCAGCUCCAUUGUCACUCUGCGAAGCGGAAUCCAGAACAUGCUGCAGUUCUACAUCCCAGAGGUAGAGGGAGUAGAGCAGGUGAAGGAAGAAGACGAGGAUGAGAAAGGGGUCCACUCCUGAACGAACCCCCUCCCCUUCCUUCUUUCUCGCAGACCCCUCCCUUCUGAACAGUGCCCGACCAACCCAACAAUGUAGACCACAUACCAGGGAUGGAAAUAAGACUCCCAUUGCAAAGCAGGUUCACCCGUUCCAGGUUUUAAUAUGUGCUUGAUUUAGCCACAGUGUGUAGGUCCAGUUACAAGCUCAGGUGUGUCUGAUUAGACCCUUAGCAGAACGAGGGUUGGAUCAAACUGCUAUGCAAUGGGAGUCUUAUUUCCAUCCCUGGCUUGGACGGAUGUAUUAAAAACUGGACUUCUUUGAAAGAUUAUUAUAAAUGAUGCUGCCUGCUUAGACCAGUGUCGGCUUUUUGAGUUGUGUUUUCAGUUCUGCGAGAGUUAAUUCAGUGCUUGUGUGUGUUGGACAGGGCUGGGAUUAGUUAGGUGUCUAUUUAAACUCCUGUAAAAUAUACUAAAAAUGAUAUAAAGUGUAAUAUUGAAGUGUUAAAUAAAGAAUUGCUUUGUUAUAAUGACGAGCGUUUUAAAUUCCAGCGUGGUAAACGACAUUGGGGGUUGAAAUAGUCGUUCAACUGUGAAAAUAAAAAUAACCCUUGUUGAAGUA